AUGCAGGAGACUCAGCAGAUGCAGGUUCGAUCCCUGGGUGGGGAAGAUCCCCUGGACAAGGCUACCCACUCCGGUAGGCUUGCCUGGAGAACUCCAUGGAGAGAGGAGUCUGGUGGGCUACAGUCCACAGGGCGGGGCUGCCAUGAGUCAGACAUGACUGAGCAGGACACAUCCCUCCCCGAGAGGUAUCCUGUGGUCUCUGGAAAGUUCGCCUCCCAGACGGAGAGUGAUAGAAAGCGGGGGGAAGGCCGAAGGGCAGUUGGGUCUCCCCAAUUCUGCUUCCUUCUUUCCUGUUCAGAAUUCCCCCUCAGCCCUUGCGGGGCGGACUGCUGUCCUGUUGGUGGAGGAGGACAGCUGUAG